AUGAAUAAAAGUUUCCUUAGUUUCGUCUUUCUUUUGCUCUUUGCAAUCUUUUUCUUUUCCACCUUAGCUUUUGGAGCCACUCUCUCAAAAGAUGAAGUGGAAGCUCUCAGAGAUAUUGCUAAGACACUUGGAAAGAAGAAUUGGGAUUUCAGUGUAGAUCCAUGUAGUGGAGGAAAAAAUUGGACUUCUUCUGUUCAAGUGAAAGGAAGUGAAAAUGCUGUCAUAUGCAAUUGUACCUAUGUCAAUGCCACUGUUUGUCAUGUGACUAACAUACUUUUGAAAAGUCAAAAUCUCCCAGGCACUCUUCCAUCAGAAUUGGUCAGGUUGCCUUAUCUUCAAGAAUUUGACGUUUCCCGCAAUUAUUUGAACGGUACAAUUCCUAAAGAAUGGGGGUCCAUGAAUCUCAUUAACAUCACUCUCCUUGGAAAUCGAUUAACUGGUUCAAUACCAACAGCUAUAACAAACAUAUCCACUCUACAAAGUUUGGUAUUAGAAUCCAAUCAAUUUUCUGGAAAUCUUCCUCCUGGACUUGACAAACUUACCCAAAUUCAAAGAUUGUUACUCUCUUCCAACAAUUUCAAUGGAGAAUUACCUGCUACAUUGGCCAAACUCACCACAUUAGAAGACAUUCGACUCGGAGACAAUCAAUUCACUGGAAAGAUACCCGAUUUUAUUCGAAGCUGGACAAGCCUCAAGAAACUAGUGAUUGAAGGAAGUGGAUUAAGCGGGCCAAUUCCUUCUGGAAUUUCGGUUUUGGAAAAAUUAACUGACUUGAGAAUCAGUGAUUUAAAUGGAUUUGAACAUUCACUUUUUCCGGAACUUAGUAACAUGACAUUGAAAACAUUGAUUCUAAGGAAUUGCAACAUCAAUGGGACACUACCUCAGUAUCUUGGGUCAAUGACUAGUCUAAAAAACUUAGAUCUUAGCUUUAACAAAUUGAGUGGACCAAUUCCAAAUAACUAUGAUCCCCUAAGAAAAGUUGAUUACAUAUAUUUAACUGGAAACCUUCUCACUGGACCAGUUCCUUCAUGGACACAGAAAGCUGACAACAUAGAUAUUUCAUACAAUAACUUCAGCCAAAACCAAGGGACUCAGACAUGUCAAGAUGGAAAUGUGAACUUGUUUUCUAGUUCUUCGACCCGCAAUGACUCAGGAAAGGUUUCUUGUUUGACAAGCUUUGUCUGUCCUAAAACAUCGUAUGCUCUACAUAUAAACUGUGGUGGAAAGCCAGUAACGGUCAAUGGAAGCUCAUAUGAUGAUGAUGGAGAUGCAGCAGGACCAGCUAGAUUCCACCAGAGUGGAACAAAAAAUUGGGCAUUUAGCACCACGGGUAACUUCAUGGAUAAUGACGGUGGAGACUAUUAUACAUGGUCGAAUAAAUCUGCGCUUUCUAUGGCCAAUGCUGAACUUUUCAUGACUGCACGAGUUUCUCCCACGUCUUUGACUUAUUACGGAUUUUGCCUGGCAAAUGGAAACUACACAGUUAAUCUACAUUUUGCCGAAAUCAUGUUUACCGAUGAUCAAACAUAUAACAGCCUAGGAAGACGUGUUUUCGAUAUCUAUAUUCAGGGAAAUUUGGUGCAAAAGGACUUUGAUAUUGCAAAAAAAGCAGGAGGAAUUGGUAAGGCAGUAACAAUACCAUUUACUGCUGUUGUGGUGAAUAGUACUUUGGAGAUUCGCUUAUAUUGGGCUGGAAAAGGGACAACUAGUAUACCCUUUAGAUCAGUUUAUGGUCCUCUUAUAUCAGCUAUAUCUGUUGAAUCCGAUUUUCCACCUCCUCCUGAAAACGGAAGCAGCAGCAUAUCUACAGGAGCUGUGGUUGGAAUUGUGGCGGCAGUAGCCAUUGUUAUCAUUCUAUUAGUUUGUAUACUUCGGUGGAAAGGCUGUUUUGGAAAGAAAAGCUCUUUAGAAAAAGAGGUGAAGGGUUUAGACCUACAAAUGAGUUUAUUUAACCUAAGACAGAUCAAAGGAGCAACAAAUAACUUUGAUAUUUCCAAUAAAAUUGGAGAAGGAGGAUUUGGUCCAGUAUACAAGGGAUGUCUAUCAGAUGGAACAUUGAUAGCACACCCUAAUCUUGUUAAACUCUAUGGAUGUUGUGUGGAGGGAGAUCAAUUAAUGCUAAUAUAUGAAUAUUUGGAAAAUAAUAGUCUUGCCCGCGCUUUAUUUGGGACUCCAGAACAGCAAAUAAGAUUGGAUUGGCCAACAAGAUACAAGAUUUGUGUUGGUAUUGCUAGAGGUUUAGCAUAUCUACAUGAAGAAUCAAGAUUGAAAGUUGUUCAUAGAGACAUCAAAGCAACUAAUGUGUUGCUUGAUAAAGAUUUGAUUCCGAAGAUAUCUGAUUUUGGUUUGGCCAAGCUUGAUGAAGAAGAGAACACUCACAUCAGCACUCGAAUAGCUGGGACAUAUGGAUAUAUGGCUCCAGAAUAUGCCAUGCAUGGUUAUUUGACCGAUAAAGCAGAUGUUUAUAGUUUUGGAAUCGUCGCAUUGGAAAUCUUACACGGCAGUAACAAUACCACUCUUCGACAAAAAGAAGAAGCAUUCCAUCUUCUUGAUUGGGCACAUAUCUUGAAAGAAGAAGGUAACUUACUAGAGCUAGUUGAUAAAAGACUGGGUUCAAAUUUCAAGAAAGAUGAAGCAAUAUUGAUGAUAAAUGUGGCACUCUUAUGCACUAAUGUGACUUCAUCCCUAAGGCCUGCAAUGUCUUCAGUGGUAAGCAUGCUAGAAGGUAGAAUUGAAAUUCAAGAACUGGUUUUAGAGUCAAAUGAGGUAUUGGACGAGAAGAAAAUGGAAGCAAUGCGAAAAUAUUAUCAAGAUCAUAGUAUAUCAAUGGAAGGGCCAUGGACUGCUACAACUUCUUCUUCAGUAGCCACUGAUCUUUAUCCUGUACAACUAGAUAGUUCUUACUUGGAGAAAAGAGUUUGA